AAGCUGCCCCUUUGAUGUGCUUCAUUUGCAAAGAUUACAAGCACACCAAACACAAGCAUGUAUUGUUAGAGCAGGAAGCAGAGAGGAUUCGCUCCACUAUCAGCGCAGCCAUACAGCAUAUCAAGAGAGUUGCUCAGGAGCUGACGGACUCUGCACACAAGCUUGAAAGUGUCGCUCGUCAGCUGGAGGGACCUGCCCCUGAGACUGCUGCUCUGGAAAUGAGUGCUGGAGGAACUGCCGAGGAGGCCAGAGCACGUGUCAAGCAGUAUUUUGCCCAGUUGAGAGAUCAGCUGACAAGGCAGGAGUCACAGGCAAUGACUGUAUUGGAUGCUCACAUUCGGGAAAGACUCUGCUCCAUUAGACAGCAGCAGGAAGAUAUGACUACUCUCCUCUCACAAAUGGUAACAGUAGUUGUGGAUGGUGAGCGAGCCAUCCAGCAAGAUGAUGGAAGGUUGAUAAUGGCAUCCCAAGACCUUUCUGCACGACUGGCACAUGUCACCUCACAGGAGCAACAGCUAGCCAACUUGGCAUCUCUGGUUCCAGAUCCUGCUAUACCUAUCACGUUUACCAAAGAUAACCGCAUUCAUAUUGGGGCCAGGAUAGAAAUGCGUGUAGUUACUCUUGGCCUGGAUGGUGCAGGCAAGACCUCCAUAUUGUUCAAACUAAAGCAAGAUGAAUUUGUGUCUACCAUCCCAACCAUAGGCUUCAAUGUGGAGACCAUUGAAUAUAAAAACUUCAAGUUUACAGUAUGGGACGUUGGUGGCCAGCCAAAACUAAGACCCCUGUGGAGGCAUUACUACUUCAAUACCCAGGCUGUCAUCUUUGUUGUGGAUGCUACAGAUGUUGAUAGACUCGUAGAGGCUCAGUCGGAACUGACCAAACUUAUGACUGAGCGCGAGUUAAAGGAUGCUUCACUGUUGAUUUUUGCCAACAAGGAGAAUUGUGAUGGUGCCCUUGGAGUGGCAGCUCUGACGGAGAGCUUGGGGGUUCACAAGCUGUGCCUAGGCCGCUCCUGGCACAUCCAGCCGUGUGAUGCCCAGUCGGGAAUGGGUCUUCACCAGGGCCUAGACUGGCUGGCACGACAACUUGUUCCCUCAGAAGUCCUGAAUUCAGCAGGGUGAUUCUUGGUUGCUGAAAUAAGAGGCAUUUCAUACACACUCACAUACCCAAAGUUGAAUGAUGACAUGAAUGGGAAAACUAGAGUCAGUGGUCUAGAAAUAUAUAUUAAUAUUCCCCCUUUACCUCCCUCAUGGGAGUAAAUAAAGCCAGAAAGUCCAAGAAGAAUUGCUGUUAGAUGGAAAAAUUCUUUGAAGCACAGUAUUGAUCUACUGUUGUAGUGUUGCAUGGGUUGAAAAUCAUAUCACUCUAAAAAGAUUUGCUAGCUGGUAUAGCAUCAUUCAGGCUGAGAAAUGAUAGAAGAUUGGAGAGAAUGUCAAGUUAUUUAAAGGAUAUGAAAGAUUUGAUUGCAGUAUUAAUACCAUUGUACCUUUUACUGUGUUUGUUCCAUUGUCAGUUUAGGCUAACCUAAUUAUUAAUGUUUUUUUCCGUACUGUUUUCAUCAUAAUUUUCAUCAUCAUCACAAUCAUUACCAUCAUGAUCAUCAUUAUCUAUCACCAGUCCUCAGUUAUCACCAUGUAUCAUCAGUUUUAAAGCACUCAUUUUACAGGCCUGUAUUAGCAUUAAAGAAAAAAACAUGAAAAUAGUCUCUACUCUGUUAGAUAAUUUUUUAUAUCCAAGUAAGUAUAAUUUUUAUCCAAUAUUUCCAUGAAUAAUAUCACAGACCCACACAAAUGACAGGGAAUUUAGUGAUUGUUUUCUUCAUAGAAGAAGUGUGGAGUUUGAGAAGGAUAAGAGGUGCUAUGUGAGGAAAUCUGGGCCAGUAUUCUCAUGAAGAGCUUUAUAUAUUUCAGAGGUGGUGUAAAUGGGUAUUUUUCUUAACAAGGCAUGGUACAUGAUAUCUGUUAUUGCUAUACCACUAUACCUGCACACACUCAGGUAUGUAAUCAAGAUGCUUUUCCUUUCAGAUUUGAUAUCUUGGUAUUUUAAUAGGCGUAAGAGUUGAAAUGGAUCAACCUUCAGUAUGCUAUGAAGAAUUACCAUGAUGACACUAUUUGAAAUCUUGCCUUUCCUGCACUGACUCUCUCUCUCUGUUUCUUUUCUUUCCCACUGUUUUUCCUCACCCCCCUCCCUCCCUCUCUCUCUCUCUCUCUCUCUCUCUCUCUCUCUCUCUCUCUCUCUCUCUCUCUCUCUCUCUCUCUCUCUCUCUCUCUCUCUCUCUCUCUCUCUCUCUCUCUUUCUCUUUCUUUAGGUUCAGUUUUUUUUCUAUGAUAUUUAUUUGGUGCCCUGUAAGUAUAUAAUUGAUUUAUAUUUUGAUCAAACUCAAGGGAACUGAUCCAUUUACACUUCAUGUUUACAGAUGUAAGUUGUGCACAGGAGAGUAAAAACAUCACCAACAAAUAGAAUGUUGAAAAUAAUUUGUGUGUGUGCGUGUGUGUGUGCGUGUGCGUGUGCGUGUGCGUGUGCGUGUGUGUGUGUGUGUGUGUGUGUGCGCGUGCACGUGCACGUGCGUGUGUGUGUGCGUGUGCAUGUGCGUGUGUGUGUUUGUGUGUGUUUGUUUGUUUGUAUACAAAUUUUUUCAGUUUAUUUCAAUCCUUAUUGUUUCCAUUACUUAGUGAAAUCUGGCUUAUGCAUCUCCUUUUGUCUGGAAGCAGAUCUGUAUGAUGUAUAUUUUUAUAUUACCUCCAAAGCCACAGAUGGUCCUGGAAGUUCAGUGUUUUAUAUUAUUUCAAGUUUAUUAAUGAAUCCUAGUCAGUGAUAAGUAAAGAAUUUAAAAAAUUAUAUGCAUUGUUUAGUUUGACCAUUUCUCUGUUGUUUAAAAGAGGAGGCAGGUAGGCAAGCACAUCAUAUCACAGAAACCUAUAUAAUUUAUGGUGUAUGAAAUUGGUUAGAGGAUGACUGCUGUAUCUGUAUGCGGUUGUGUGAAAUUACAGUGAUGAUUAUGAUUUUUGCAAUUCUUUGUGUACGUGUUUUUAAAUAUAAAAUUAAUUCGGUGAUAUUAACAUUAUUAUUUUUUAUCAUUUCAAAGGUGUUAGUAAUGGUAGUUGUGCCUUUAAGCAUAAAAAAGACCCUGAGAUUUGAUAAUUGUCCAUUUCUUUCCAUUUAGAAACAAUUUAAAGCUUUAUUUAUCCAAGGUUUUACCAUUAUUAUAAUUAUAUUUCGAGCUUAUCAAAGUAUAUGCCAUUUUUAUCAUUUAUACAGUUAGUGAAAAUUCUUCUGCACUAGCACUGUGAGCAUGCAGUUCAGAAUUCCUUAAUAAACUGUAGGGAGCCUAGUGAUAUUGUAACUUUUAACUUCACUACAUCUCUAUAAAAUUUGCAGUAUUUUCUCUGUUUUCUUGUUUUUUAGUACUAUAUAUUUUUUUUUACUAUAUAAGAAUUGAUUCCUUUGGUUCAGUGAAGUAAGUAGUUCUUUAGGUACUUAUGAAUCUCAUCUUCUUUCUUGUGAGCUCUAUGGGAAAUAUUGAAUUCAUGAACUUGAAUGAGGUCUUGGAAAUACAAAUUUUAUACUCAUCAGAGAGUUUGUAUUUGACUUGAAUAUGUAAAGGUAUCAACAUGGUGUGAUGACAGAAAACCCUAGUCAAGAAAUAUGCUUUAUGUUAUAAUAUGCUUACAAUAUUCAUAUAGUAUGGGAGAUUCUGAAAGGGGAAUGAAUGGCAGAAAGGAAAUCAAAAAGCAAUAAACAAGCAUGCAUGAAAUUAUAUUUAUUUGGAUGAUUUACAGUCUACUAUAAUUACUAAUUUAUACAUAUAUAUUUUUAAAAGAGAUGCUUUAAUUGUAAACUACAGAAAAUACAGAUCAAUUUUGUCACUAUUUGAAUAUUGCAGGAAAAAGAGCUGUGGAACCAAACCAUUAUAUAUAAUCAUGAAUUUGAUGUGCUUUCACAAAGCACUUAAAGACAUUAUAUUAAAACUGUAGUGAUACUCCACAAAUAGGAAUAGACGUAGCAGAAAAAUGUAAUUUGAUUUUCUUACAGAUUUUAUCAUUGUAUUAUACUUACAGUAUAUCAUCUGUUAAGAGCCUUUAACAAAUGUGCAGCACAUUUUUUAGUUUUUUAGCACAAUGUUCUCAGAUGUGAAGCUGGUACUCUUUCACUGAUGACUACGAAUGUAUAUUUGUAACUGAUAUAUUCAAUGAAGUUGCUGUUGCCAUUAAAUGGUAAUUAAAUUUCCUGAAAGUUGGUAAUGCACAUCAAACAUAUCAUUGUAAUAUGUAAAACCAGUGGAUAUGUUUUGCAGUGCUAAUAUAAACUCAUUUCAGACUACCUUUUAUAAUCUUGGUUUAGGCAUGCUACAGUGUUAUUUAUAUAGUAGGCAUGUAUUUGUUCUGUGCAAAUUGUGCACAUUUAAUAUUGUCUGAAGUUCUGAAUGUAAUUAUACAUUACAUAUGAUUAUGGCUCUUAAUAUAUUUACAAUCUUAGAAUUUAUUUUAGUUACACAUGCAAAAAAUAAGAUUGGGCAGCAUAGCAUUAAGGUAAAACCAUAUUUACUAGAAGUCAUAACUUAUGAACACAUUAUCAGAUCAUUAUAAAAAAAAAAAAAAAAAAAAAAAAAAAACAGUAGUUACCAUAUCUAAAUUGAUUUGACUCCUGAUAUGUUAAUAUGUAAACAUUGUUUAUCACUAUAAUUUUGUCACAUCCUUAUGGUGUUAUAUUGUAUGUGUUCAUAUAUUGCUUAAAAUGCUCAUUAGCUACCAUUUGAUAUUUCUUGAUAUUUACUGAAUCAGAAUCACCACACAUGCAUUAUUAUGUUUUAUGUUUUCAGUAGGCUGAUCGAUUUUAUGAUACCCUUAACAGAGGGUUUGACUUACGUAUUAUCAAUUGCUAAUUUCAAUAUUUAGGAGGUUAAAUAGAACACUUUUUGGUAAAAGAAUAUUAACCAUGUGUAUUAGAACUGUUUUGGAAAUAAUAAAAUAAUGAUAACUGAU